UUCACGCAAAAUGGAUUCCAUGACAUAGUGUGUAGCACUCUCACAGUGCUUUUUCAUGAUAAUAUAUGGCCACCACAGUUUGCGCCUAGUUCUGUCUUGUGUUUCUGUAAGUCAAACUACAGUACAGGAAAGCCUAUUGUACAAAAUGUAGAUCGAACAGACGGUAGAACUUAGAACACGAAUAUUCUAAGCAACAUUGUAUAUAAAGUCGUUAACCAGACUACUGAAUUAAGUAUCAUCGAUGAUAACAACAGCAUAGCUAGUAUCGUUUUAACAGCAUCUUCUGUGUCAUAUUUUCUAUUUUGUUCCAAGGGUAAUAAUAUUGACAGCAUUAUCGUAUAGUUUAUGUAUAGUUGUCCAGUAACAAGCAUCGCAGCUGAUCAACAACAGGAAUCACUCUCUAGUGUUGAUCAACCGGUGGAAUUAAGAACACCAGACAUACUUGAUAAAAAUAAUCCGUUUAGCGCUUCUCAACCGUCAACAAUAUUAGAUUUGAAUGAAUACCGAACAGGCAACUCAGAGUUAGAAGCUGAUUCAGUCUGUUGGAAUGAUUAUAUCAAUGACAUUCCAGAUGACGUUUAUGAAGAUGAUACGAAUUCGUUGAUAGACCUAAUCGAUGAAUCAUUUUCUUCACUUCCUUCCUCAGCAGUUUCAUCGCUAACAACUGAACUAAGCAAUGCUCUAGCACUAGAAUCGAGAGAAUGGAUUACUGAAGAUCCCGAAACAAAAAAACGUCGUCGUCCCUUAUUAUUCGAAUUUCUGCACAUGUUAUUGGACAAACCACAAUACCGUGAAUAUGUCUCGUAUGUUAACACAAAGCAGGGCAUAUUCAAACUUCAUAAACCAAAUGAAAUAGCUGCUCUAUGGAAAGAUGUUAAAGGACGAAAUACGAUACAUGAUAUGACAUAUGAAAAAUUGGCACGAGCUCUACGAUUUUAUUAUAAAACGGGUGUAAUUGUGCAAACUCCUGGUCGUCAUACAUUUCAAUUCGGACCAAAAUCUGGUUUUGGCUCUCUAUGGACACCGAAAGAAUAA